GUAACAUCAUAAUCAUUGGAUGUAUACGCGCCGAGCGGAACUUAUACGAUAUUAUUUACAUUAAGUAUAAACGGCUUUUUUUUCAUUCGGAUAAAAAAGAAAAGAUAAUACUUCGUUGGUUCUUCAUAAGUAAUUGCAUCAGAUAAUCUUCAGUGUAUUUGAGAAUACAUCAAAAGAGAGUACGGCCAUAUUACUUUUAGGAACGCAGAACUGGAUGUUUCCUUCAGAAACAUGGCUGAAGAACAUCGUUUCGCUGGUGUAGUGAAAUUCUGUGUACACAAGUUUUAAGAUAUAUUUCGGCUAGAAAAGCGUACGAUAAUAAGCUAAAAUGACCUCGAUACACUUUGUCGUUCAUCCUUUACCGGGUACCGAUGAUCAACUUAAUGAUAGGUUGAAAGAAGUUGCAGAGAAGAUCAAUAGGUAUGGGUAUGUUACACCGCCUGCAUUUAAUGGAUUAAAAGUUUCCAUAAAGCGUAUUGUGGUUGGGCCAACUCAUAUAGCAUUACUCACAGAGGACAACAGAAUAUGUCGUGUUGCAUUUACAGUAUUGUCUGACCGACUGGAUUUAAGUAAAAAUGAACCUAACAGAAAUACAACCAAAAGUCAUGUUGGAAAUUCUAACUCUGCUCCAAGUGGUAGCGGAAGUAGUGGAAGUGGUAGUAGAGCAGGUAUUUCUCGUUCAAGGGCAAGAAUCAUGAGAAGCAGUUCUGCUAUUCGAGGUGGUAGUAAUAGCGGAAGUAGUGGUGGCAGUGGUAGAAUAGGACCUCCAGGAGUGAUCAUGGGAAGUGGAAGUGGUAACAGCUCGCGUCCUAUUGCUUCAGUUCCUGCUCCAUUUGUACCAGAAGAUUUGAUAUCUCAAGCUCAAGUAGUACUACAAGGAAAAAGUCGUAAUUUAAUUAUCAGAGAAUUACAGCGUACAAAUUUAGAUGUGAACUUAGCAGUGAAUAAUCUUUUAUCACGAGAUGAUGAAGAAGGCGAUGAUGCUGAUGAUGCAGCAGAUAGUUAUGUACCAGAAGAUCUUAUAUCCUUAUUAGAUGGAGGCUUUAGUAAUGAACAUUCUGUUAUAAUUGAUGCAGACUCUAUGUUUUCUGAGGAUAUGUUUGGCUAUGCAGGCAUAAGACAUCGUGGAAGUUCUUCGCGAAGACUCGGUAAUGACAGAGAAGGGGAACGUUCGUCUGAACGUGAUAGAGAUCGUGAUAGUUUUAGUAGAUGGAGAGAUCGUCAAUAUUAUGGACCACGACGUUGGUUAGAAACUGCUUUAAAAGAUUCUUGGGAAAAAGAUCCUGAUAACAAGAAAAAAGAGUUAGCUUCUCAAAGUCCUUUGUGGAUAUCAGAAGAACUGGAAUGGUGGCACGAACGUAGUAACGAACCUGCACCACGUUAUGUUCAAAUUGCUGCUCUUUACAGCGAAUUGAUAGCUGUUUCCACUUCCGGACAAUUGUAUCAAUGGAAAUGGUCUGAUCCUGAACCUUACAAGCAUUUAGAGAAUCCAAAUGUUCAUCAUCCAAAAACUAUACCACUAGCAUUAAUGACAGAAAAAAUAGUUAAUAUAUCAGCAACAGCAAUUCGAUGUUCUGUUAGUACAGAAAGUGGUAAAGUAGCUACGUGGCUAGACGAACUUUUGGGACAUGUUGCCUCUCGUCUGGAACACCCAGCACAGGCUUUUACUGAAUUUACAUUGGACAAAAUUGUAUCACUUCAUACAUGUGCAUUAUAUACUGUAGCAAAACUUGAAAGUGGUGCAUUGUAUUGGUGGGGAGUUUUGCCAUUUUCUCAACGUAAAAAAUUGUGGGAGAAAUAUAAAGCAAAAUCACGCAAACAUAGACCAUCCACAGUGAUAUCAAAUGACAUCAGUUACGGUACACACGUUUGCAUGAAAAACAGUCCGAUGUAUCAACCUGGUGCAAUAGGAUUUACAAUAGCCAAUGGGGUACCAAAAGUAGGACAAUUGUUAUCAGCAGCUUGGAAUUUAGACGCAACUUGCAGAUUUAAAAUAUUACCAGCUGGAUCACAUUUACCUAAUUCGAAUUUUGAUAAACGCGAAUCGAAUGGAAAUGGAAAUACUUCAAUAAAUAAGUCAAAUCAUAAAGAAACAGCUGAUCGGCUCGAUAUGCCACCACCUCCAUCGCCUGCUUCCAGCACAUGUAGCGACACAGGUAGCAUCACAACGAGCCAUAAAAGACAAAAACGUUUAACGCCUCGAAACGAAGGAGAAACUGAACGAAAGGAUGAAGAAGAUUGGCAAUUGAAAGACGUGGUUUUUGUAGAAGAUGUCAAAACCGUUCCUAUUGGAAAAGUUAUUAAAGUUGAUGGCUGCUAUGUAGCAGUUAAAUUCUUUUCAAAAGAUUCGAAAGAGAAGGAAAAAGAGACUAAAGAAAAAGAUUUCAGUACAUCUGACUUUAAAGAUUUGACGGCUGAAGAAUUGAUCAAAUUAUUAGCCGAUUGCAGGCUUUUAAGAAAAGAUGAAUUGCAAGUUAUUAAAUCGUCAAUGAAUCCAAGAGCACCCGAUUGUUUCCAACGUACUCCUAGAAGAGUUAAUAUAGUAGAGGGCUCGAGUGAUAAUCUUUUAACUAUAGCAACUGAUGGACAAGGCAUUCAUGCUAUAUUAAAAAGUGGGAAUAAGUUGAGCUAUGUUGUGUAUAAUUUAAGUACAGGAAGAUAUGUUCAAGAUUGUUAUAUCCCUUCGGAUAUUAAUGCUUUCUUGGGAUUACAGCCACAAAAUAUUAAUCUAACAAGUGCUGGAGAAAAUAUUGAAUGUUCCAUGAUACUUAGAGAUGGAAACAACACAAUUUAUCCAAUAGCAAAAGAUUGUGCUGAUGCCAUUAGAGAUCCAAAUUGGUUAGACUUACUCCCAGUAGUUUGCAUUGGAACAUCGACUAUUCCCAUACCAAGUUGCUCCAAUUCAACAAAUCUCAAGAAUCAAGUUGCAGUGAUUGCAUUGGCCUUUGACAAUCUUCUAUUAAUGUCACGUAUACUGAGAUGCGAUUACGAUAGCGUAAAACAAGUAUUUUGUAAUUUAGAACAAGAUCUUAAGGGUAAUAUGGCUCAAAUACAAUCAAUACUGUUAGAACGUUGUGAUGGUAAUCGAAAUAUCCUUCAUGCUUGUGUUACUAUGUGUGCACCAACUUCUAAUAAGAAAAGCGAUAAAGAUAUUGGAUAUGCAUUGGUGUCAAAUGCAGUAGAUGGUACCUCAGCACCUAUUGAAGAACCAAUACCAACUUUGAGUUGGCCACCUGAGGCAUUCGACAAUACAUCCGGAGAAGAAGACAGUUUGCUUAGCAUAGGUGCUGCUAGUAUUUCUAUGAUGAAUAAACCUAAUAUAGGAGCAGCAUCCAAUAAUACGUAUAUUGUAGAUUCCGUUGAAAGAAGGAAUAAUGCGCUGCUAAUACUGAAGUACAUGUGCGAAAGUAAUGUAUUAGCUCCUUACUUGAAAGAAUUACUUACAGCAAAGGAUGCUCAAGGACAAACGCCAUUAAUGCUUGCAGUAUCUGUUCGUGCAUAUCAUGCAGCUUUAAUUUUAUUAGAUACUAUUCAAAAAGUUGGUAGAGAUUCCAAAGAAUGUUCAGCAAUGAUUCUACCUCCUGAUGCUAAUCCAGAUUUAUCUCCUUUAUUCGUGACUUGCUGUAAUGAUACUUGCAGCUUUACCUGGACUGGCGCAGAUCAUAUCAAUCAGGACAUAUUUGAGUGUAGAACAUGCGGUUUAACAGGAUCGUUAUGUUGUUGCACCGAAUGUGCUCGCGUUUGCCAUAGGGGACACGAUUGCAAACUUAAAAGGACAUCACCAACAGCAUAUUGCGAUUGUUGGGAAAAGUGUAAAUGUCGUGCACUUAUCGCUGGCUAUCAAGUUGCUCGUUAUGAUCUCUUGUGUCGACUUGUAGUCAACACUGAUCUUGCAACAAAAAUUAAUUCACGAGGAGAAUGUAUUUUAUUAUUUUUGGCUCAGACAGUAGGAAGACAAUUCAUAGAACAGCGUCAAUUUAGACCAGCAACUCGGCCUCGAUCGACAUCUGCGAGUCGUAAAGCACCAUCAUCGGAUGGAUUAGGUGCUGAUUCUGAUAUGCCAGAUCAUGAUUUAGAACCACCUCGUUUUAGUCGAAAUGCUCUUGAAAGAUUAUUAAAUGACUGGUCAGCAGUUCAAUGUAUGAUUAUGUCAGGAGUAUCCGAAAAUGGUAAUGAACAGUUAUUUGGAGAUCAAGGACAAUUAUGUCGUCAAAGUGGUACAGCAUUACUGGAUAAAUUCACCCAUCUGUUACUUGUUAAAUGCAGCACAGAGAUGCUUGAUACUUUGCUUACUACUCUUAUAAGAGAAUUGCAAAAUGAUUCUAUACCUGGACGUCAAGAAGAAGCGAACAAUGUUGCUCGACGAUUUGUAAGAUCUGUAGCUCGAAUAUUCGUAAUAUUUACUAUCGAAAUGGCGCCUAAUACAGCAAAAAGGAAAAGUGCAAGUCAAGCUUCUCAACCUUUGAUGAAAUGUCGCAAAGUUUUUCAAGCUUUAAUUAAAUUGGCAGUCGAAGAAUUAUGCGAAACUGCAGAUUCAUUGAUAGCCCCGGUACGAUUAGGCGUUGCGCGACCAACAGCACCAUUUACGUUAACAAGUUCCGCAGUCGAAGUAAUAAAUGGAUCUGAAGAAUUGUUUUCUAUAGAACCAUUAAUACCUCACAGUGGAGUUAGUUCUCAAACUUUAGAUGGUGGUUUGCAAACGCAACAAGUAAAUAAUAACAUAACUAUUGCAAGAGAUGUAUCUGCAAUGGAUGAAGUUGAAGGUGGAGAAGGUAAUAAUUGUGUUAUGAUAAUAACAAUUAAAGUAUUUAUAAUGGUAUGCUUUUUUAAAGAUGUCCCUAUGGAUAUGGAUGGAGAUAUAAGUGAACACGACGAAUCAGGUGUUUCUGGUACCGUUGCCGGUCAACCGCUUGGCGAAGUUGAUAGCAACGCAGGUGGUGUUGGAGAAGAACAAGCAGGAGAUGGAGAAUCUGAUACGGAAUUAGAUCUAUUAGCUGAAGCGGAAACUGAAUCGGAUUCAGACGAUAAUCACAGUAAUCAAGAUGCGGCAUCGGCUCAAAGAAGUGUUCAAACUGGAGCUACUGCAGGUUCUGAUGGUGGUAUGGGAUCGAUAUUACUGUUUCCCGAAGAUGAGUCUGGUGAAUCCAGUCAACAGGAAGACGAUGAAAGUGAAGCAGGUGAAACAGACGAACAAGAUAAUGAAGACUUUCAAAUUGGAGAUGAACAAUUGGAACGUAGAAGUGGAUCAUCUGGCCAUUUACAUCGCAACAAUUUGGCACCAGUUUCUAUGCAAUGGGCCAUUCGUAAUCGUGAGUCAAGUACGCGUACUGCAGGCUUACGAGUGACUGGUGGCAGUAAUUUGGUUUUUAUCGAUCCCGUAUCUUUGAGACGUACUACUGCUACAUCUGCCGUUGCAGCUGCACAAGAACCUAUAACUAUGGGAACAACUGCAAGUUGUUUGGCACGAGCAUUUGGAAUUGUAAUUCGACAGAUUGCCGAUCUGUUAGUUAUGAUGCAAGAUUACAAAACAUUGGCUCCUACUUUACCACGAUUAAUGGAAAUUACUUUCCAAGAUGCAUUGAACUUACAGUUAUAUUUAGAAGCACAUUUGAAACCUACGUGGGAUUGGCUUUUAACAGUUAUGGAUGCUACCGAAGCACAAUUAAGGUUUGGAGUGUCUUUAACGCGUAGCGCUGAUCCAACACAUCCUGAACAUCCACUUAAUAAUGCUCCUUCACUUUCUGGCGGUAAUUUCACUGGAUUAUUGAGUUCAGCAGCUCUCUCUUUGACAUUACAAGGAAAUGCAAAUCGAAACCAACGCAGUGGUAUUGCAACAAGCUCCAAUAUUUCUGCUCCUCAAGCUUCGACAAGACUUACUGUUGGUUUUGCUGGUGUUAGUGAACCUGCUAGGAAUAGCAGAGAACGUGAAGGUGGUGAUUUGCAUUCUGCUAGACGAGAGUUUUUAUCUUACUGUUUAUCAUUGAUGCGAGCUCAUAAUGGAGAACACAGAGACAGUUUACCGGUUCUAGAUGUUUCCGCGUUAAGACACGUUGCAUAUGUAUUCGAUGCUCUCGUAUAUUAUAUGCGUUGUCUUUCUGAACCAUUAACAUCAAGAGGCGAAGCGCAAAAAGAGUCAUCAAAUUAUUCGACAUGGAACGAUCAAGAUGAAAAUGAUAAUGAUGAAGGAGAGGAAUAUAAUUCUCCAGCACCUACUGCAUUAGAAACCGAUUCUGUGGACUAUCCAGAUUUACUUCAAGUUCCCAUAUGCGGGUCUGGAAAUAACAGUAAUUCUACACCUAAAGGAAGAAAACAUCCUUUCUUCCAAAGAUCAGAUUCUACCUUAUGCCUUGGUUGCCCGCCUCUCGAUCCAUUUGACACAGUUAUGAGCGAAGCAUUACCAUUAGCUGAUCAGCCGCAUUUAUUGCAGCCACAUUCAAGGCGUGAGGAUCUCUUUGGCAUCCCACGACAGCCGACAGGCGCUGCCAACCAAAAUCCAUUAGCAGGUUUGCCUACAAGGCUCGGUCUCUCCGCACGUGGUGCUGACAAUCAAAAUAGUUUGUCAUCUCCUACAUUCAGUCAAAUCAUUCCUGGAGCUACAUUUGUUCCUUCAGAAAUAAGACGACCAUCUGCCUCUACCGGAGAUUCAGGAUCUACAAAAUUUGCUGAAAAGCCUAAAUCAUUUCAUCAUGUAAAUGAAGGUCCAACGCCUAUGGUGACAGAACAAAUUGACAGAGCUCCUAUUAUAGUAUCUACCAAUAAUCAGAAUGAUUCUGGAAAUAACAAGGGUAAAGAUGUGUGUAAAACAAAUAGAAGUGUUAUAGUUAGAGCUGGAACUAUAUCCGAAACAAGUCUGAACAAAGCUACUGCUCCUGAAGUACUAGUUGUUCCAACGGUCGAAAAUCAAAAUGUCUCUGAGGAAGUUGAUCCCGCAGUAACGAGUCAUGAAAUCUCUGCGCAUGAAACAGUAGAAACAAGUCCAGUGGAAUCUGCUAGAACUAUUUCAACUAUUGGGACAAACAUUUCACAUAAUAUUCUAUUAGGACGAUGGAGAUUAUCAUUGGAUUUAUUUGGUCGAGUUUUUAUGGAAGAUGUUGGUUUAGAAGCAGGAUCAGUUGUAUCCGAACUUGGUGGUUUCUCUGUAAAGGAAGCUAAAUUCCGAAGGAAUAUGGAAAAACUUAGAAAUUCCCAACAAAAAGAUAUUACUUUGUCGAAGAUUGAACGUGACAGAACCCAAUUAUUGGUGCAAACGAUGAAAGAGUUAAACACACAAUACAAUUUGUAUAAUAAAAGAACUUCUAAUGCUCCACCUUUGGCAGUAAAUCGAGUAAAAGUAACAUUUAAAGAUGAGCCAGGUGAAGGUUCAGGUGUUGCUAGAAGCUUUUAUACUGCAAUAGCCGAGGCGUUGCUUGCAAAUGAAAAACUUCCAAAUCUUGAAGCAGCACAGGUUGGCUCAAAAUAUACACAAUAUAACGUCUUACAAAAAUUGAAAAGCAGAGAUCGCGAUCGUGAUCUUAGAAGACAGAAUCCUAGAUCCUCCGGAAAAUGUCGUGAAACACGUAAAGCAUUAUCUUUCGAAGCUCGUUCCUUUCAUCCUUCAAGUUCCGUGGAAGGAAAUAAUGCUUCAGGAUCUGGUAGCUCAUCAUCCAAUACUCAUCCUUUGCCAGCCAGUCAUCCAAACAAUGAUCAUUUGACAAUGCAUCAACAACAACUUGGUGAUAGACUAUAUCCUAAAGUACAUGCAUUACGACCGGCAUUAGCAGAAAAAAUAACUGGGAUGUUACUUGAAUUAUCUCCUGCACAAUUAUUGAUGCUCCUGGCUUCAGAAGAUGCAUUAAGACAAAAAGUAGAAGAAGCAUUUGAGUUAAUUCAUAGCCAUAAUCAAGAUUUAACUAGCGAAGCACUUUUAGAUCUUGAUGUAUUCAGUUUAACCGAACGUUGUGCAGCUAAUAAGAAAAAGAUAGAGAAUAAUAUUAUGGAUGAUGGAGACGAUAACGCUCCUCUUUUCUAUUCACCUGAUAAAAGAGGCUUUUAUACACCUAGACAAGGUAGAGCCAGUUAUGAACGACUAAAUGCUUUCAGAAAUGUAGGCAGGUUGAUAGGCUUAUGUUUAUUACAAAACGAGUUGUGUCCAAUAUUUUUAAAUCGUCACGUUAUUAAGUAUAUUUUAGCAAGGCCGAUACGUUUCCAUGACCUUGCAUUUUUUGAUUCUGUGAUUUACGAAAGUUUAAGACAACUCGUCAUCGAUGCUGAAACUAAAGACAGCAAUAGUUUAUUCUCCGCACUGGAUCUUACUUUCAGCAUUGAUUUAUGUCCUGAAGAAGGUGGUGGCUCGAUCGAACUUAUAUCAAGUGGUCGGGACAUAGAAGUUACAGCAAGUAAUGUAUAUGAUUAUGUACGAAAAUAUGCGGAAGUCCGUAUGAUAAAGGUACAAGAGAAGGCCUUGCAUGCAAUGCGAGAAGGAGUAUUUGAUGUUUUACCAGAGGGAGCAUUGGAUGGCUUAACGUCUGAAGAUUUAAGACUGCUUUUAAAUGGAGUUGGUGACAUUAAUGUAUCAGUUUUGAUAUCAUAUACAUCGUUUAACGAUGAAUCUGGAGAAGCCACGGAAAAAUUAGUAAAGUUUAAGCGAUGGUUAUGGUCCAUUGUUGAAAAAAUGUCACAUGUCGAACGACAGGACUUGGUAUAUUUUUGGACAGGGUCUCCUGCAUUACCAGCGAGCGAAGACGGUUUUCAACCAAUGCCAAGUGUUACGAUUCGACCAGCCGACGAUGCUCAUCUACCAACUGCAAAUACAUGUAUUUCUCGCCUAUACGUUCCAUUGUACAGCUCUCGUCACGUUUUACGGCAUAAGCUACUUCUUGCUAUCAAAACAAAGAACUUUGGAUUUGUAUGAAUCUGUCGAGUGAUCAUCAUGCACACUUGCUCCAAGAGAAAAAGUCACAUACUGAUAUUGACAUAAGAAAAUGGUUAUGUGUUGUUUUUCUUUCUUUCAUAGAAAAAUUUAUAACAUUUAUAAAUUUAUAAGGUGUAAUUAUGAAUUAUGAUUUCCCUUAUCAUAAAGUGGUCUUCGUCUUGAUAAGGAUUUAUGUUAAAGUGUCAUAUUUAGUCUUUAUAGUGGUCCAAUAAACUUUCCCAAAAUUAUGUUGUGCUAAUCAAUCAAGUAACCUGUAUUUUCAAAGAAGUAUUAUCACAUUCUAUAGGCUAUGUAUAAUAUAUUAACAUUACAUUUACUUAAAUCGUGUAAUAUAAAUCUUUUGGCUCGUUAUCACGUAUAAUUUCCUCUUUUGCUUUUUACGAUAAAAGCACGUUGAAGACUUUUAAGAAAUUCUAAUGAUCGUACAAUGAAAAAAUUUUUUUAUUAGGCUCAUAUAAGAUGUAACAUAAAAUGACAGAAAAUUGCGAGUUUUCAGAUGCACACCAUAAGAGUUUCUUGGACACUUGUUUGUUGUUAAAUAUAAUACAUAUCAGUUUAAAAACGAGACUAUGACACGAGUAUCGAAAUAUAAACUAUGCGAUUUGACAUCCAUGAUACUAAAAUUUAAAAUGUGUCGUGCCAAGAUUUACCUUAUAAAAUGCAAUGUAAAAAUCAUUAGAUAACUAAAAUAUGUAAUAGGAACAAUACUUUCAAAUGCUUUUUGGCAUUAUAAUGUUUAAGAAAAUACAGAACGGUACACUACAAGAUCCUCAAGUGUGAUGUAAACCAAAUGAAAAUUUUAUUUUAUUGACAUAAUUUCAGCUGUAAUCGACGUAAUUUUUUAAUUUCGAUAUUUAAAUCUUAACAAUAAUCCAAACCACUCAAAAUUUAGUUUCUUUUUAAACUAUUACAUUGACUGUGUUAAUGACUCGAUCAUCCAAAUUAGCCAAAUAUUAAAAUAAUAUUAAGGAUGUCUAGCUGCCUAUUUCGUAUCGUUAAAUAUCUUCUUUUAACACGUUCAAAAUCUUCAAUUCUAUCGUAAAACAAUAUCAACUCUGGUUAUGUAUGCUGUUUAGUCCUGGCAUGCAUUCAUAUACGUCUUUGCUUGUGUCUAGGAUCGCAACAAUGUUUUUCCAAAACGGUUGACCAUUUUGAAAGAAAAAUUCAAUGUACAGUUUUAAAUAUAUUUCCUAAUCAAUAAACUGAAAUAGUAAAAAAUAA